UGUAGCCAUGGUAACGGUUUCCAAGGCGCCCGUAACGCUGGCCGGCCCGCUGAAGGCGGAAAUUAGUUGCUCCCUAGGGUCGAUGGCGUGUUACCCGGAGGUGCCGCGUAGGACCGGGGUGCCCCGCGAAGUACUGAAAUGGCUGCAGAGCUUGGACCUGAGUUUUUCCCCUAAAAAUUUCCGCAGAGAUUUCGCAAAUGGAUACCUUAUAGCUGAGAUAUUCUACUGGUACUUUCCAGAAGACAUCCAGCUGCAUUCCUACGAGAAUGGAACAUCCCUAGCUAAUAGAUUGAGCAACUGGUCACAACUGGAGAAGUUCUUCAUGAAAAGAAAUCUGAAGGUUCCCAAAGCAUUAAUUGAUGGUACCAUUCACUGCAAACCAGAAGCAGCAGAAUUAAUCAUUCAGGAGAUGUAUGUCAUGCUAACAAACAGACGGAUAAAAAUGAUUCAGGAUAAUGAAGUUGAUUUUACUGACUGUCAUUAUCAAAAUAAGCUACCCAUGGUUGCCAGAUCUACAGCAACAAAAACUGUGAAAAGCAAUGUUACCUUGACUGAAAUCCUGGCAGAGCCUGAUAUCAUAAUAAAUAAGCAGAAGGUCCAGGCUUUGAUGGGCUUGCAUUUGCAACAGAGACAGCAGGAGAGAAUUGAAGAUCCAAAACGGUUUAAUGUGAAACCAUCACUGGGCGAGCUUGCAAUUCGUGUUCCACCAACAGUAAAUAAAAGUGAUAGUGAUGACAACCUCUCAAACAGAUCACUGUCCUCCUCUGCUUCCAGUGGGACUGACAUUAGGAGCAAAGCUAGUGUGCAAUUCAGAGAAAUCACGGUUAAGCAAGGAAAUAGAAGCUACGUGUCAUCCAGUGUCAGUUCCAAUUCAUCGUCAACCCUAUUCAGCACACCUUCACAAGAUGCUGGGGAAAAAUGGGGUGGGGCAUUUUAAAAUGCAUAUUUCAUUUGUAUUGAAAUUAAUGAAAAUUUUGUAUAAAUUGUUCCAAAUAAAUGCCACAUAAAUGAACA